UCGCGAUGUGUCGCUCUCAGAGCUGCGUCCCUACCAUGACAGUGCUGCCAUCUCCGAGCCUGGUCCCCGCCGCCAGCAGCCCGGCACCCCGACGGGGCUCGGGGCCCGAGAUCUUCACCUUCGACCCUCUCCCGGAGCGGACGGUGGUACCCACCAAGCGCCCCAGCAUCUCCCGCGCCCACCGGAAGCGCGCCCGCAGGGUCCUCUACCCGCAAGUGAAAGUGCGGCGCCAGCUGCCAGCCGAGGAACCGAACCCUGCCAAAAGGCUUCUCUUUCUCCUGCUCGCCGUGAUCUUCUGCCAGAUCCUGAUGGCAGAAGAGGGUGUCCCCGUCACCAUGGCCGCAGAAGAAGCCCCCAACGCCGCGUCCCCCACGCCCACCGCAGCUCCCCCGGUCCUCGAACCUCUGAACCUGACCUCGGAGUCUCCCGACUACUCGCUAGACCUCCGCUCUCUGCUCCAGCAGCACCCGGCCGCCUUCUGACAGACUGUUUAGAUUCCCCCCAAAACUCUGAAAAUCACAGCGACACCAGAUGUGCCCGGUGCC